GCGCGGUGACGUCGCGGAGGCAGUCCGGGGUGAGGGGCUAGAGGUCGCGGCGUGGCUCUUCCUUGCUGCCGGCGGUUUGCUCUGGUGUGAUUCUGCCCUAAGAUACAGCUCGGGAGAGUCGGGGGGAAACGGCAAAAAAUCAGCAGCCAUGUCUUACUGUAAACAGCAGGGGAAAGACAAGAUUAUUUUUGUGACCAAAGAGGACCACGAAACACCGAGCAGCGCGGAGCUGGUAGCGGAGGAUCCAAACGACCCCUACGAGGACCAAGGACUCAUCCUGCCCAGCGGAGAAGUGAACUGGAACUGCCCGUGCCUGGGCGGCAUGGCGAGCGGGCCGUGUGGGGAGCAGUUCAAGGCUGCUUUCUCCUGCUUCCACUACAGCGAGGAGGAGGUGAAGGGCUCCGAGUGCAUCGAGCAGUUUCGCACCAUGCAGGAGUGCAUGCAGAGAUAUCCUGAGCUGUACCCCCAGGAGGAGGAGGAGGACAAACACAGCAAUGUAGCAGAGGGGGAGGAGCAGCCCACACCCAGCCCCGCCCCCGACACGCCCCCCGCCUCCAGCUAGUGGACCCGCCCCCUGGCAGCGGCUGGAGAGAAUGCCACGGAGAGCGGGCUCCAGAUGGCAGUGCCUGUUGGAGGUCUGGGUUUGACAAGUUCAGAGCUCUGGGAUGUAUUUAAAUAUGUGCAGGGGAUGGGAAUGAGACUCCUGUUUGCAUAGCAGUUUCACCCAUUCCAGGUUUUAAUACAUGCCCCAGUGUGUAGGUAACAAGCUCAGGUGUGUCCUAUUCAAUUCAAUGUCAGAUCUGUGCUGGAUCAAACUGCUGUGCAGUGGGAGUCUUCUUUCCAUCCCUGCAUCAUCUUCUGUUCUAAUUAGUAACUGCUGCUGUUUUAAAUACAGGGUUAAUACAGCAGACUGUGUGUGUGUGUGUGUGUGUGUGUGUGUGUGUGUGUGUGCGCGCGCUGAAACCCAGUCCUGGCCUGUUUGUGGGUUUGGGUUCUGCUGGUUGAGACGAUGCACACAGACGAAAUUCCUUCUAAAAGCGAUGCCUCAGUUAAUUCCACUCUGCCACCAACAUGCUCUUGGUUAAAAACCCUCUUGAAAUCAAGGUAAACAAUAGCACCUUAAAGGGAAGGUCAAGUUUAGUUUUUUACGACAGACGUCAAUCCAGGGCUGAAGGGCUGUUCCCGGGUGACUUGUUUUAGUAAUGACAGUUUGUGUGUGUUAGAAGUAGUAAUAAUUAGUUCAUUUAGCAGAUGCCUUUAACCAAGGCGACUUGUGGAGACUAGGGUGUGUGAGCUAUGCAUGAGCUGCAGAGUCACUUCCAGCAACGUCUCACCAGGAAGACGGGGCACAAGGAGGUACAGUGACCUGCUCAGGGUCACGCAGGGAGUCCGGCUGAGCUGGGAUUCUAAGCGGGGACCUCCUAAGCUUUCUUAUAUACACAGAGUAUUAAAACACUAAGGAGUGAAUUCUGAGCUAGCACUGUUAAGAAACUAGACCAGAUGAUUGCUAUGCAAAGCAUGGUCCUGUUUAAUGGCAUUGCUCUCACCCCCACCGUGUUGUUUCUGUUGCUCUAGUUUAGUUUUGCAGUUCUUAAGGAGUCUUGCUCUACAGUGAUCAGUACCCACUGUGACUGUUCCCAGCCCAGAUGCACAGAGAGGCUUCCACCUGUAUCUCGAGGAGAUGUGUGACCGUUCAGCAUGCAGGAGCGUUUGCUCCUCUUCUUUGUUUUUGGUGAUUGAAGCUGCUGCUGCUUUCAGUGUAGUUUGAAAGCAGGUUUGAUCGUGCAGGAGUUAAAAGCCUUUCCUGAUACAAGAGCCUUGAUGUGUAGGGAGUGCAGUCCGCAUGCAGUGCCCCGCUCAGGGCAGCCUCUUUCCAGUCCUAGUUUUAGGGCUCUAUAAAUCUUCAGUGUCAUGUUUACUUCAUUUUGUUUGUAAUCGAUACCGUGGGGCAGGUUUACUGGGAAAGACAGUUGGAGAAGAGGCUUUUAAUCAUUUCUAGAUUUAAAACAUUUCCAGCUGCCUGGCGUUGAAGCAGAAGUUCAGUAAAUCCAUCCCUCACCAGCCGCCCACUUGCAACAGAAUCCAGCUCCUCAGUGAAGUGCUCUGGAAUGAGGCGCUUUUCCGUCGCUAACCCUGGGAAGCGUCUUUCAGCCCUGUGUUGCAGUCCUGUGUGUUUGUAUGUCUAGUAUGUUUUUUGGUGUAAAAACGUUGCUACCUUAUGCAAACCAAAAUUGCCCUGAACCCUCUGCCCUGUAACUCUGUCCUGUUAAACCUGGUCGAACAUGGCUGUCUGGAAAGCUCCUUCCUUGCAGACGCACUGCAGAAGAAACUCUAUCUGAAUUACCAUGCGGAACAGAGACAGAGGGAACAGGCUCUUGAUUUGUGUUCCUUUAUCAUUGUGUUGUUGGUGCCCCUCUUCAGUGCCUCUCUGCUGUCCUCCACAGAGCGGUCUGUGCCAUCAUGUGGCUUUUGACAAACUCUUCUCACAGCCUGCAGCUUCCCCUCGGAGCAAUGCAGAGCAGAGCACCCAGUGUAGACUAAUCGAGCUGAACGAGUGAUUCUGAGCGCUGUGUAAAUUAAAGAUCUACUUACCUCA